CCACCCCUCCACACACAUCAGGGUGGGAUGCCACUGAGCCAUGCUACUGUUGCAACUAGUGGAAUCCUGGAGUACAGGCAAGCAUCAGCCCCAUAAUUAUUCACCCUGCAUUAAACCUUGAGGUCCACGGAUACAGUCCUGAAUCAAAACAGCUCACAAAACUGAAAAACAAACAAAGGCAUCAUCUCCAUCAAUCUACCUGAAGUCUUUGACACAAGUCCAGCAAGCCAAGGCUGAGUGAGAGGCACGGGGAGUCACUGUUCAGGUUAGAAGAGACAUGGCGACUGAGAGCCUGGCAGAGCUCCGUGAUUGGCUGUUCCUCUUGCUUCUGUGCCUCACCUUAUUGGCCGAGGUGCUGGAACUGGCGGCAGCGGCGAUCGCUAUGGAGACUGGCGAGGGAGAUGAGGGCAUUGUUUGUCCCUCUGUGUGCCGCUGUGAUGAAGGUUUCGUCUACUGCAACGACCGUGGCCUCAGCCUGAUUCCACCGCUGCCUUUAACAGCUGCUAUACUCUACUUGCAGAGCAAUCGUCUGACCAACGCCGGCCUGCCUCCCUCACUCGAGCGCAGCACUACUAUACGAGUUAUAUACUUGUAUGCUAACCAACUGGAUGAAUUUCCUAUACACCUCCCACCUUCAUUACGGGAGCUACAUUUACAGGAUAAUAAUAUACGAACGUUACCGAGAUCAUCUCUUGCCAAGUUGCCAUUACUAGAACGUUUACAUUUGGAUGAUAACUCUAUAUCCACAGUUAGCAUCCAGGACCGGGCCUUCUCUGGGACACCGCGGCUUCGGCUGCUGUUUCUUUCUCGUAACCACCUGUCCAGCAUUCCUGCAGGUUUACCCUCAUCCCUUGAGGAGUUACGCCUGGAUGACAACAGAAUAAACACUAUUCCCACUCACGCCUUUCGCGGCCUCUCUUCACUUCGACGUUUGGUCAUGGAUGGGAACUUGCUGGCCAACACGCGUAUCGCAGAUGACACUUUUUCACGUCUGUCCAAUCUGACUGAGCUGUCUCUGGUGAGGAAUGCACUGCAGUCUCCACCAGUCAACCUGCCCACCUCUCACCUUCUGCGCCUGCAUCUGCAGGAUAAUGGGAUGACACAUAUUCCCAGAGGAGCAUUUGAUGGCAUGAGGCGACUACAGAGGCUGGACCUUUCAGGUAACAACUUGACCAGUCUCCCCAGAGGUCUUCUGAAGGACACGGAUAGUCUGGAAUUGCUCCUAGUGCGAGGAAACCCCUGGUUCUGUGGGUGUAACCUGCGCUGGCUCCACGCCUGGUUGCACAGCAGAGGAGCGGCAGUGACAGUCAGGGGGCUCACCUGUCAGGGGCCCGAGGCAGUGAGGGGCCAGAUACUGAGAGACCUCACGUCCCUGAUUGAACAGUGUGAAGGUCCUCCAGCUGGCCCCAGUCCUGGAGCAGGUAUAAAUCCUUCUCCAAAUGAACAAGUAGUUGACAGCGGUAGUCCCGGCGGAGGCCGGCCAGUAGCCACAUUCCCACACAGUAGUACCACCACUGCCCCUGCACUAGUUCCUACACAAGGAUCUCUGUUUACUAUGAGAAUAAAGAGACCAGAACUAAUGGUACUGCCCCCUGGUGAAGGGGGGCAUGCAGCAGGAGAGGCCCUAGAGCUGACUGUCAAACCACUCUCCUCAGACAGUGUGCUGGUGAGCUGGCUGUGCCCAGAGCCCGUGCCCUCUUUCCGUUUGUCUUGGCUACGUCUGGGAAGCAGUAGUUCAAUAACAGAGACUUUGGUUCCUGCAGAGAGGAGGCAGUACCUGCUUACCCAGCUCACCCCACGCUCUCAUUACCUCAUCUGCCUGCUGCCUCUGCGACAGGAGCCCUCUUUUGGGUCCGUGAGCAGGGGCUCCUCUCGGGCCAGUGGCUAUGACACAGACAGUAAGGACUCGGCACCCGCCUGUGCUCAAAUAGAGACUGGAGAGGCGCUUGUGAGCUCAGGAGGGGAGGGGUCAGGAAAAGAUGCCCAGGACUCAGAGCUCACAGCCCUGCCACUAGCAGGGAUUAUUGGGGGUGCUACAGCGCUGGUCAGCCUAUUGUUAAUAUUUGGUAUUUUCUGCUGGUAUGGACAGAGAACAGGCUAUAUGUCCGGGGACUCAAGCUCAUACAAUAGGGGACGAGGAGGUAAACAUUAUGAUGAUUAUGUAGAAUCUGGAACAAAGAAAGACAAUUCCAUUUUAGAGAUUAGAGCCCCACCAGCAGGAUUUCAGAUGACAGCUAUGGCCCACCAGUCCCUGCAGCCUAAGCUGGACGAUGUUACCUACAUUCACACUAUUUUCCCCUCCUCUUCCACCUCCUCCCAAGCCAACGGGACAUACCGGAGUAACCAUGGAGUUGGCUCGCUCAAUGGUACAAUUCUGAGCCAAACUAGCCAUCACCAUGCUACUUAUGGCACUAACCGUGGAUACAGAGAGGGGGGCAUCCCAGACAUUGACUACGCAUACACGUGAUGACACAGGGACACUCACUGAGCCACGACCGCCAGACGUCAUUUUUUAAGAAUGACGACUUUAGCCAGUGGCCCUUUGUCCUUGUUUCCAAAGUACCCUCUGUGCCUCUGCUGGUUCUUAAUGGUUUGCUUAGUAGAAAGACUGAUGACAGGACAUUACUGUUGAAUGACAGAAGUCCUUCUAUACUCUACUGCUGUAUCUGAGUUCACAGUAGAACCUUUUGAGUGCUACUUAUAGUUCUAUUGUUAUAUUUUCUCUUUUGGAUAUGUCAGCAUCUUUUCACACUACUGUUCCUCUCAACUCUAAUGAAACACAGUAACUUAUUUGAGGUUGAUAUUAGGCUUAGCUGAUUUAGCAGGAGAAAUAUUUAUAUGAAGAAAGGCACAGGAUGUGUAUAGAGAUAGCUCUCCUUUACUCCUACCAACUGUAAGCUUUGGGGUGUAUAAAUAAAAAGAUGACAGAAGGACAAAUAAAUAGUUGUUGUAACCCAGAGAUGACAAUGCAUCAUGGUUGACAUGAAAAGCUGUACUCUUCCCCUUCUUCUCGUCUCUAGUUUAUUCCCGUUCUUUUAAUUCCUCCCUUUUUGCUGCCUUUUCUUUUUGGCUUGGGCUCUUUCUCUUGUGUCUUUUGUGGUGCCAUGAGCAGAGGACGACUUUGUUCUCACCGAGGGAACUGACAGCAGCGAUAACAGUUCUGACAGAGACAGCAGACACAAGCCACAGCAAUGGGGAGACUAAUGAGAGGCGCGGAGAGAGCCCCAGAGUGGAGGUGAUGGAUAGAUGGAUACUCACAGGCAAAGAGCAUAAAAAACCCUACUGUUUUUGGUAUGGAGACUCUGACAGAGGUGUGUUGGCUUAGGGCACUCUGCUAAAAUCCAAAAUGCAGAAAAAAGAAACAGCACUAGAACAAAGAGUGUGACAAAUGCAGUGAGAGGGGGCGAAAAGGGGACAUCACGGGACAUAGUAUCAAAGACCCAUUAAACACGCCAGACAGAACUAUUUUUCUUUCCUGUUGCCCUAGUAAUCAUUUAGCUGAA